AUGGCUGAUUAUUUGAUUUGCGGAGGAACUGGUUAUGUUCCGGAGGACGGUUUGACAGGUGCUCAGCUCUUUGGUAACGGAGAUGGUCUCACGUAUAAUGACUUCAUUAUACUGCCAGGGUUUAUUGACUUCACGGCAGAUGAGGUCGACUUAACAUCGGCGCUAACAAAGAAAAUCACGCUUAAAGCUCCGCUUGUUUCUUCACCGAUGGAUACAGUCACGGAAUCUGAUAUGGCAAUUGCCAUGGCGCUUUGUGGAGGUAUUGGUAUAAUACAUCACAAUUGUACGGCAGAGUAUCAGUCGAACGAAGUUCACAAAGUAAAAAAAUACAAGCAAGGUUUUAUUCGUGAUCCUGUUGUGCUAAGCCGUGACCAUACUGUUGCAGAUGUAAUUAGAGUAAAAAAAGAACACGGUUUUUGUGGUAUUCCUAUUACAGAAAAUGGAAAGCUUGGCGGAAAACUAGCAGGUAUCGUUACAUCUAGAGACAUAGAUUUUCUGAAAGAGUCGCAAAAUAGUUCCUUGAAACUCGACAGCGUUAUGACAAAGUUAGAAGACUUAAUUACAGCGUCGGCAGGAGUCACCUUAGAAGAAGCAAACAAUAUUCUGGAAAAAUCGAAGAAAGGAAAGCUGCCUAUCAUUAAUGAAAAUGGGGAGUUAGUGGCUCUAAUAGCUCGCACAGAUUUAAAAAAGUCAAGAAACUAUCCAAAUGCUUCUAAAGAUGAAAACAAACAGCUGCUUGUAGGUGCUGCCAUUGGUACAAGAGAAGAAGACAAAGCUAGACUAGAGCAGCUUGCUCAAGCCGGUGUGGAUGUGGUUUUGAUUGAUUCCUCACAAGGCAACUCAGUGUAUCAGAGAGAUAUGAUAUUGUACAUUAAGAAGGCUUAUCCAGACUUACAAGUUAUUGGUGGUAAUGUAGUGACUGCAGCACAAGCGAAGAAUCUCAUAGAUGCUGGUGUUGAUGCACUGAGAGUUGGAAUGGGUAGUGGCUCUAUAUGCAUAACACAAGAAGUUAUGGCUGUUGGUCGGCCACAGGGCACAGCAGUGUACAAAGUUGCAGAAUAUGCAAGACGUUUCAGUGUUCCAGUUAUAGCAGAUGGUGGUAUUCAGUCUGUUGGUCACAUCACAAAGGCACUCUCACUUGGUGCAUCCACAGUGAUGAUGGGGUCCUUGUUGGCUGGCACUUCAGAGGCUCCUGGAGAGUAUUUCUUCUCAGAUGGUGUUAGACUUAAAAAGUAUAGAGGUAUGGGCAGUUUAGAGGCCAUGAACAGGAAAGAUGCAAAGGGUGCUGCUAUGGACCGCUAUUUUCACAGUGAGACGGACAAACUGAAAGUGGCGCAGGGUGUGAGUGGUUCUAUUGUAGACAAAGGUUCUGUGCUUCGCUUUCUGCCUUACCUGCAGAGUGGACUCCGUCAUGGGUGCCAGGACAUAGGGGCCAGAAGUCUCUCAGCAUUACGUUCAAUGAUGUAUUCUGGUGAAUUGAAGUUUGAGAGGCGGACACAAUCUGCACAGGUUGAAGGAAAUGUUCAUGGCUUAUUCUCCUAUGAGAAAAGAAUGAUCUAUCAUGGAAUUACGAGCAGCUUUUGUCAACGCUUCAGUAUCCACUCGUGGGAUACGUUCCAACUUCAUAAUGCAGCCACUGAGGGUACCACUGCAAAAACUGUGCUCUGGGUGGAUAAUCACCUGGUUCUAGGUUGUGGACACGCUGUAAGUGAAAUGGACGUAACAAUUGCUCUCGAAGAACUGUUCUUGCAUUUGUCUGAUUCGUUCCCAUGUUAGGUGCAAUUGUACGAGUGCUGAUUGAAGGAUCCCACUCCACAUGCAGCAAGACAGCUUCCUCAAAUUGCAGCUUUGUUACCUUACGAUGGCGUCCCUGUCCAGGUAAUCUGCUGAAUGACCCAGUCUGACGCAGACGGUGCACUAAAAACAUACUACUCCUGAUAGCUAUAAUUAUUAGUCUGCAAAUGAAGUAAAUAAUGAUGUAAUGUUGUUCAGUAGACAGUACUCAGUCACCAGUAACCUGUUACACCCUGUAUGUACCUAUUUGGAGUACUGAUAUUUUGUCUUCUGAAUGUAAGUACUGGCUAGCAAUUCUUUCUCAUAUUUGUGUAGUUUUCCAAACAGAGUUUUCCUUUUGAUACAAUAUUCAUAUUACAAAGGUAUACCUGGGUAUAAUCAUCCAACUGUUUUCGACUUGAUACUGUUUGCAAUUGAGGAAUACACAUUGGUCACAAAAAUGGAAAAAAAAGUUCAUUUACCUUUCUACUCAUGAAACUGCUGUAAUAGUGAUAAACUGGAACACAGUUAUUGUUAUGAGACAAAGUUAACAGUGCCAUCAUGUAUGGGCCACCUUUGUGCGUUGAACUCGUGUAUGAUUUAAUUGAAUAUCUGCCACAUGGAAGGAGGACACAACUGAAAAGUUUUGUAAAAGAUGGCAGCCACAGUAGUGCAUUUGUUAACUAAACAAAAUCUGGUGAGAGACUUGGCAAUAUGUUAAGAAGAUUUGUAUUUAUGAAAUAUUUCAUACAAGAGACAAGUGUGUAGAUGUUGACACAGGGAUAUUCGAACAACUCUCUUAAAUUUGUCUGAAAACCUACAAUAAAUCAUUUUUCAAGUUUAUAGUUGUGCAACAUGUUUUGAAUGUGAGCCUUUCUCGAGAAACAAGUGACAAUUUUUGCUAAUAAAUGAAUUUCCCAUCUUGUUGCUGAUUCAACUGGUCAUGUGUUUCAGCAGGUCUCAGACAUACCUAAACAAUAUUAAUUUAAUGUUGCUAACUAUAUU